CGUCUACAAUGUUAGACAAAUAAAAUCCGGGGUACACUGGCGGAUAACGAAUUGUGUAACGUUAAGACAUUAUUUUGCAAAAUUAUUAGUCGAUUUAUAAGCAUAAAUUAUGGAUAAAAAGCUAAAAUACGCUGUUAUGAUCGUUUUAGUGGUUGUAGUAAUAUGUCUGACUGUAGUGUUAGCUCUAGUUUGGACUAUGCCCGACUUGCCAACAACUGUCCGGAACGAUCAGAUAUGCCUGCCGGGUGAAUAUGGAGCCCUUAAAUGUGACACAACAGCUGAUUUAUUACAUGAUUACUUAGAAAGGACCAUUUCCACAAAAUAUGACGAAAUCAAAAAGCAGGAUGAAAAACGACAGCAGGAGUACCUGGAUAAGAACAGAGUCCGCCUAAUGAGUAUCUACGACAAGACAUUCUGGGAAAUGAAACCCGCCGCAAAACUUACUGGAAAAGAACAACCUGACGCAAGAAAAAGCGACGAAGGGGCAGAAAUGACACCAGUUAGGGAAUGGAGACAUGGAAGAGAACUUUAUGACACUAGCGGGUUCGAAAGAUACGGCAUUCGUUACCGGAACGGUCGCCUGGUUGUUCCUGUUGACGGAACCUACUUUGUAUAUUCAUUUGUUGAUUUAUUUGAGCAGUGUGAUCCUUCUACUGGCAAACCCAAUGUUAAAGACACAAGCAAACCCAUAAAACAUGGCAUAUUCAAAUUUAACAUCUUAGAUGAGGUAGAAAAUGAAAUAAUUUCAAGCAUCCAGCCCCAUCAAAUUUCAAGCAACAAAUAUUUUAACUCCUAUGGUAGCUAUGUUUCAUCUUUGGCAAAUUUGAAAGCUGGGGACGAGAUAUCGGUCAAGGUCAGUAAUAUAACAUAUCUGAAAUACACAAGACAAAACUACUUUGGGCUAAAUCUGAUAUGAUAACGCAUUGGCAAGGUUUUUUUUCAAGGGUGUGUAAUUUUAAGUGAUAUCGUGGUUGAGCCUAUCCAUGAAAAAAAUCUCAACGAAGUAAAUUUCCCACUCAUUUAUUUGUCAAAGAACUGAAGUCCAAAUGUUUAGUUCCCAAAUGUUUAGUUCGAUUUCAUCAAAUACAAGAAAAGUUGUACCUGUCCAAUUAAAUAAAAAAUGAUCUCACAGUAAUUGUUCUUACAAAAAGAAAUAAGGCUAAGGGUUAGUACCUGCUAACAGUUGAGAGACGGUCCUCGCAAUAAAUCUAUUUUGAUUUUAAAAGAAGUACACAAAAAUACGGAUAUUGUUUGCAACAAAUUAAAUUACUUUUGCAGCAGUCAAUACAACAUUCGGGUAAGUGCGAGGCGACUAAAUUGUUUUAAACCCCCAGUUGGCAUUUAAAAGAAAGUGAGACACUUGAUUUUGUCCAACAACUGACCGUGCCAAGGCGGAAGCCCGAAAUGUAGUUUUAUUAUUUCAUCUUUCAUAAAUUGUGGCAAACAUGGAAACAAUAUACACUGAAAGAUAAAAGAUGUCUUAUAUUAGCUUUUUGAAAUAUUAAAUCUUCUGAGAUAAAUAAAACACGAUGAUAAAUUAAGACGUAAUUCCAUACUCCAUUCUAGCCGCUCUCAAUAAUGAUUCCAUAAUUAAUAUAAAAAUGGCAUACUUAUUAUGACAAAAAUGUUUGUAUCAUGAAAAUGCACAUUUAAUUCUGGAUGCCUUUUCCUUGCUUCGUUAUGGUGUAGACUUAUACCUUUUUAAGGAACAGACGGGUUUAUAAAGAGGAACCACAUUAAUACAUGUACAAACAAUUGUACAGCAUCAUUAUAAUAUUAAAUAUAUUACAGGAAAUUACUUGACUAAAUGUAAAUGCAUAUAUGAAAUGAUUUCAAUAUUGUAUACACUUUUAUUGCAAUUAAGAAAAUACUUUUAAUAUAGAUUAAAAUGGAAAAAAUAGAUGAAAAAAAGAAUAAACAGGAAAGGAGAAAAAUGAAAAUAUAAAGAGACUCUUCACGAAAACUGAAAGAUAAGGGGAUUAUAAUGAAAAAACAGUUUUCUCCAAUCAUUAAUGAAAGAUAAGCGUUUUUAAAUGCUUUGUACUUUUCGUUCUUUAAUCCUUAAAUCUUUUGGAAUGUUUUUGUUUAAAGAUAAACAUGUUUGGUAUUGUUACUUUUUUGUUUUACGUUUGAAUAUGUAUCCUCUUUACAAAAGAAGAAUGUAUGACAUAUUUCAAUUUCUUGCAUGGAAGAAUGACAUGUAUUUAUUUUGAGUUACGUGUAUACCAGUUUCAAUUAGCCAUGUAUACAACUUGUUCCAAUAGAUUUGUUUUUGUGACAGCUCCAAAACAUAUGUUCUAUAUGUAUAUUUCCAUAAUACAAAAAUCACAUAGACUAGACUUAUAUAAUCUGCAAAAAGGAACUGAUUUGUGCAAAACAAUGUAAUAAAAAAAUUGUUGUGUUAUCCUUAUAGUUAACACACGCAUUCUUGGAUAUAUUUACCAGUAAAAACAUCUAUCUGGGAAAAUAUUUCCGCCUUUUAAUUUGGAUUCCGGUUUUACAUUGUGCAUUUUUCGGUUUUUCUUUCCUGUAUUUUUUAUUUAAAAAUAUGACUCAGUUUUUUGUAGAGUCUAGUACAUAUUUAUUUCAUCGGAUAUUACGAGGGGUAUGUUGUAUUUAACAAUUCCUUGGCAUAACUCUAUGAUAAUCAAACAUUGAGGAAUUUGUAUUCCAUAUGUUACUCAUGGAAAGUUGUAAAAUUAUUAUGUCUGUAUCAUAUAUGUCCUUAAUUAAUACGAUUUUCCAUUGUUUAAACAAAAGUAGAGAGUUAUUAGUUUUCCAUAUGAUUUUUACCAAACGAUUUAUUCUGAUAUAUUAUGUGGGCUUUCAUAUUGAAAUUCAUUUUACUCCAUUCAACUAGUAUGUCAUUAAUGAAUUUGUUUUAAGCUUGUCAAUGAAUUUCAAUACAUCUUUUGUAUUUGUAUUGCAAUUGAAUAGAGAUAUUCCUCCUAAAUGCUGUAAGUGCUUCUUUAUUUUUCGUUCAUGUUCCAUUAUUUGAAUCGUUUGUUAUUCUUUUAAUCCAACUGGAUUUUAUUGAGUUUAAAAUAUUGGUACAUUCAAGCCUCCAUUUUCAAAAUCUCUUAUCAUUACACCCCCUUUUAACUUUUUCAUUUGUGAAUUUCAUACAAAUUCAUAACAACAUUUAGUAAUUCGUUUAAUAACUUCACCCAAAGGAUUCGAAAGAACAGAAAACAGAAGCCUUAGAAAUAGUUAUUUCAAUACCGAAAAAUACGUAUAGUUGUAAGGUGUCUAGCUUUCCAUCUAUUAAUGUACGUUUGAAAUUGGGAUAAUCAACUAUCAUAAUUUAUCUAAGAAUUUCAGCUGUAUUUGAAUGAAAAUUUACACCUAGUGUUUUUGCACUUUUCGAAGUCCAUGAAUCGCUUCCAUAUUUUAUCUACAGUAUACAAGACAUGCUAGUUUCGGAAUGAGACUAAGAAUUGUACAUAUAUUAUAAAUGAGUUUAAGGCAUCAAAUAAACGAACAUUGUUCAAAUGUAUUUAUCUUUUAAAUUGCAAUAAGUAAAGCGCCCUUGGAAACGGGGCUAUGUUAAUCUGUUAUACUAAUUCUCUUUAAAACCGUUUCGGUACCGUGUAAUAACAGAGUGGCAUCGUCUUCAAACAUGUUGGGUUUUACUUCUUUAUCAAAUAUCUUGAAACCUUUCAUAAUUUUAUUUUCUGUAAUUGAAGUACUUCAACAGCUAAAACGAAUAUAUAGAGGGACAAAUGAAGCCUUGUCGGACACCUCAUUUUAUAUUAAAUUAGACAAGAAAGCAUUAUACAGUACACGGGUUGUUGGGUUUUCAUAGAAUAGAUUUACACAUGUUCUCAAAAGCGGACCAGUAUUUAAAAGAUCUAAUGUUUUAGGAAGACAUUUUCGAUUUAAACUAGCAAAGGCGUUUUUAAAGUCAGCUCCAAGAUAAAAGAUAAAAGUAAAAGUCGAGACUUAACUUUUUCUACGUACUCCAUUACAUCAUAUAUCAAUCUUAUGUCUUAAGCUCUGUAUCUUACUUCAAUGAAAAAGCGUUUGACUAUCAUCAAUCAAGUUAACUUUAUUCUGCUAGCAAUUACGUUGAUUAAUAAUUCGUAGUCAACAUUUAAGUAAACAAACGUGUAUUUCAAGUUUAACAAUAGUGUUAAAUCUUUUGUUAGAUUUGGAAUACAUGUUUUAAAACAAACUUUGUGGUUGCAACUGGCUAAUAGAUUAUUUUCGAAAAAGUAGUCAAAUGAAUAAAUGACAUCGUUGAUUUCGUCCCAAAAUAUUUUGUAUUACUCAAAAUUCAUAAUAAUUCCUCCAUUAAACACUUAAACGUUCAUCUUCGCCCAGUUUUGGUAUUUGAGAUACUUCGUUGUUUUUCUUCGUUAAGAUUUUCAUAGUAUUUCUUUUGUCCUAUUCAAGUCCAAUUUUAGUUCGAAGUAACGUAACCAUUUGCUUUAUAGAAAUGUCUUUGUGCUUUGUUAUAAUGCAUAUUAAGUGUGUAUACACGGGAUCACUGAUUGCCUUUAAUUAAUUAUGUAUGGUUUAAUACUAUGAUAUUUCUUUUACAUUUAUGUUGUAAUCACAACACAAAUAUGGCAAUAUAUGAUGCAAUAAGUAUGUAUUGUUAUUAUACUUGAAAUAGUAGUGAUUCGUAGUUUACAAUACAUAUAUAGUUUUCUGUUGCAGAAAUCGAGAAAAUAAAAUAGAUUGUACCGUUUA